CAUUUUCAUAACAUUCCCCACGUGCGAGUUAGUUGUCAACCGGUGUUAAAAAAGAAAAUAUUGGAGAAAUUCCGGAGCUAUGGAGGUAAUUGUUGGAACCUAUGAGGAGUUUCUUCUAGGCUAUAAACUCACAACAAAGGAAAAUAACUGUUUCGUACAGUCGUUUGCGGAUAAAUCCCAUGCGGGUCCUUUGAAAUGUGUAGCAGUGCAUAAGCAUUUUGUGGCCACUGGCGCUACAGAUGAUCGCAUCUUCUUAUAUGACAUGCGUUCGCGCAAACAAACUAACAUCAUUUUGUCACAUGAAGGCACGAUUAACGCCUUGGCUUUCACGCCCGACAGCUCUCACUUGAUAUCAGGUGGCGGUGAUGGACGUAUGAUUGCUACUCGCCUAAAUACUUGGGCAACAGAAGGUAACUGGAAAGCGCACAAAGGGUCAGCAGUCAGUCAAAUCAGUUGCCAUCCCAGCGGUAAGUUAGCUUUGUCCCUAGGCGCUGACCGCGUUUUGUGCACUUGGAACUUGGUCAAGGGUCGAGUAGCAUAUAGAACAAAUUUAAAAAGUCGCAGCACUUUGGGACUACAACCAGAUUGUCUUACUUGGUCACCGACUGGCGAUUAUUUUAUACUUUGUGGGCUACGUGCCGCUGAGAUCUGGUCAAUAAAAACCGCAGAUGUAUUAUUGAGUCAGAAGACACAAGAAAAACCCAUAUCAGUUUGUUGGGUGUCUGACGACACGUGCUUAGUGGGCUUAGAAAAUGGUAAAAUACUUUGGCUCAUUGCAACAGAUUCAGAACAAGAGGAAAAGCUAAGCGCAGCCCACAGCUCAAGAGUCAAAGCUAUGGCUUUCCAUGAAAAUACCUUAAUUACGGUCUCAAGCUCUGGUGAAAUGAAAGCCUGGAAAGUGAGUGUCGACAAGAAAAAAUUUACACCGUUGUGCACAACCAACAUAGGUUGCCGGCCAACUUGUCUUAGUAUAUUGGAUCUAACGCAAUUUGGUGACGAAUAUGCAACGAAAAGCGCCUCAGAUGAUGACACAAAGCAAACAAGUAUUGCUACCAGAAACAGCGAAAAGCAGCCAGAACGUGGCGUUGUUACUAUUGAAUACGAAGAGGAUGAAAAUGAUGUACCGGAGAAUGAAAGCAAUAAAAGUGGUUCUAGUUGUGAGCCUAGCUGUAGCCAAGAAAAGCAAAAGUCGCGAAAAAGGAAAGGAAAAAAUUUAGAGAAUGUACCUAAACGAGAAAAGGAACAAGGAAAACCAAAUGGACCGUUACACAAGAAACCGAAGAAUAAAAAUAAAUAAAAAAGUUAUGUAA